CUCACAUGUCAGAACGAGGCGAAUUGACGUCAAUGACGGCUCGUGAUUGGUCCUAAACCCGUAUCCGGUGGGGCAGCGGUCCAAGGAUUUGGAAAAGUCGAAGGGAGAAAUUUGGUACGCUUGUGGAAAUAACAUCCAAAACCGAGUCAUUGACGAAGGGCUCGGUAAGAAUUCGCGGGUUCUUUUCAAAGGUCAGAGUUUGUUUACCAGGCCGUAGCGGAGCAGGAGCACAUCGUGAUGGCGUCGAGCAGUACGAGCAGUGAGGAGGAGAGGAGUCUGAGGGAGUGUGAGCUCUACGUGCAGAAACACAACAUCCAGCAGCUGCUGAAGGACUGCAUCGUCCAGCUGUGUACCUCCAGGCCUGACAGACCCAUGGCCUUCCUCAGAGAGUACUUUGAGAGGCUGGAGAAGGAGGAGGCCAAGCAGAUCCUAAACCAGCAGAAGGCCAGCAGCCGUUCUGACUCCAGGGAUGAGGAGGUGUCUCCUCCCAUGAACCCCGUUGUCAAGGGUCGCCGGCGGAGAGGAGCCAUCAGCGCUGAGGUCUACACAGAGGAGGACGCUGCAUCCUAUGUCAGAAAGGUCAUUCCUAAAGACUACAAAACAAUGGCUGCCCUGGCUAAAGCUAUCGAAAAGAAUGUGCUUUUCUCUCACUUGGAUGACAACGAGAGGAGUGACAUAUUUGAUGCCAUGUUUUCAGUUACCUACAUCGCUGGAGAGACUAUCAUUAUGCAAGGUGAUGAGGGGGAUAAUUUCUACGUCAUCGACCAAGGAGAGACGGAUGUACGUCUCUUUGAUGUGUAUGUCAACAAUGAGUGGGUGACCAAUAUCGGGGAGGGGGGCAGCUUUGGAGAGUUGGCCCUGAUCUACGGGACCCCCAGGGCUGCCACCGUCCGAGCCAAGACCAACGUCAAACUGUGGGGCAUCGACAGAGACAGCUACAGGAGGAUACUCAUGGGCAGCACAUUGAGGAAGAGGAAGAUGUACGAGGAGUUCCUCAGCAAAGUCUCCAUCUUAGAGUCUCUGGACAAAUGGGAGCGUCUGACGGUGGCUGACUCUCUGGAGCCGGUGCAGUUUGAUGACGGACAGAAGAUCGUGGUGCAGGGAGAGCCUGGCGACGAGUUCUUCAUCAUACUGGAGGGUUCUGCAGCUGUGUUGCAGCGUCGCUCUGAGAACGAGGAGUUUGUGGAAGUUGGGAGGUUACAACCGUCUGACUACUUUGGUGAGAUUGCCCUGCUGAUGAACCGUCCCCGUGCUGCCACUGUGGUCGCCCGCGGUCCUCUGAAGUGUGUGAAGCUGGACCGACCGCGGUUCGAGCGUGUCCUGGGACCCUGCUCGGACAUUCUGAAACGCAACAUCCAACAGUACAACAGCUUCGUGUCACUGUCUGUCUGAGGGGUUUCCCCACCUCCUGUAACCCCAUAACACACCCUACCCCCACACCCUAAUCCCCGAUGUAACCCCAUAACACACACACUCCCCGUACCCCCUAAUCCCCAGUGUAACCCCAUAACACACCCACUCCCUGUACCCCCCACCCCUAAUCCCCUAUGUAACCCCAUAACACACCCCCUACCCCUGUACCCACCCCUAAUCCCUGAUGUAACCCCAUAACCCACCCCUAAUCCCUGAUGUAACCCCAUAACACACCCCCUACCCACCCCCUAAUCCCUGAUGUAACCCCAUAACACACCCCCUACCCCUGUACCCACCCCCUAAUCCCUGAUGUAACCCCAUAACACACCCCCUACCCCUGUACCCACCCCCUAAUCCCUGAUGUAACCCCAUAACGCCUCCUCUUUUAGAACCAGGGUCCACCAAUGCAAUUUUGCUUUAAUGUCACUUAAAAUGAUCUUCCAUUUGCUUUGACAUUUUUUUUUACUCAUCUAAAUGUUAUGCUACCCAUCACCUAGCUAUCAUAGUCACCUAUAGGAGCACAGUUAUGUUACAGUUUAAAUGUACCAAAUUCAUAUGGUUUGCUUUCACUGCCUUCACUGAAUCUAGAAUUGUUUUCCUCUAGUUUAAACACGAGCAGUGAUUAGUAGGGGAUUGGCCAAGGUUAGGACAGGCCAAUGAUAAGAUGGGACAAUCAAACGUAACAUGGUGAAGUAAGCGUCCAUGUUGAAUAUUGUUCAGAUAUUUUUAACUAGUUCGGUUUCAAUAAAUAUGUGUCAAUGUUGACAUCUUUACAAAAUAAUUCAUAAAAUUGUACUUUUUAGAAUUACAAGAAUGCUGGGAGCAUAAUGAUUGCAUCUAAUUUGUUAUGUAGCUUUCAUGCAAUGAUAAUCGAUGGUUAUCCUCCAUUGUUACUGUACAUUAAAUCGCAGACAUUUUUACAUUUUCUCAUAUUGUUUCCAUUGAUUGGUCCAUCAAUCCAAUUCACUGUUAUUUUAUCUAGUUUGAGAGAGUUUGUACAACUUAAUGCAACCAGAAAGCUUUCUGUUGGACAGCUACCAAACUAGUGCUAAAUGUUGGUAAUUGUUCUUAUUCUGUCAGAAGCAGUGGAACUCAAAACAGGAAGUAUCACCAUGUUAACACUCACCUCUGAUUUGUUGGUACAUUAUUGGCUACAAUAGGGGGGGGGAAAGAUUAUUAAAUGGUUUUCAGUAUUCAGCAUUUUUCAGUAUACACCAAAUAACUUAAUCGCUAUGUUUUUAAACAGAAUUAUUAUUACAUAGUUAUGACAAUUAAAGUUAUCUUUAUUGACUGAACGAACUAAUGUUAUGGUUUGGAGUGAUGGUAAAGUUAAGUACGUUUAAAUGUCUUUUUGUAAAUGCUUAUUUUUCCAUAAAUUCUAUUUUAGGUGUUCAGUGCCACAGCGUAAAUAAAUGCUUAUUCUUGCCAGCCGACAAAACAGUAUGUAGUUGUAUUGUGACAGUCAUGGGUUAACCUCUUAAAAGUAGGCGAAAGGGCUUUAAAGUAAUUAACAUAAAUCUGAAUUGUAGAUGGGUUUUAAGACUUAAUUAUUUAUGUAUUUGAGCGCAAAAUUGAAGUGUAAGAAAGCAUCCCAACUGUGGUAAUUCAGACAUCAGAUUAAAUUGUCAUGAGUUUUACGAUUAUAUCUUUAUUUUAAAGCAGCUUCGCUGUUAAAGCAUAGUGAAAAUGAUUUGAAUGUGUUUUUGAAAUGAUCUGUUAUCUACUCUAUGCCUACCUACAGCAUAGUGUAAAGUGAUGAGAUGGUGUGAAUGAAAUGGUAUUCUCAAACUGCCCCUGUCGAUCAAACAGUUGGUCAUUCACUCAGCUUCACCCCUUGAAUCUUAAGAAAACACGUCAUUAGCUAUUUUUCUUCUAACUCCUGCAGAAAUCUAUGCCUGCCUCACAGCUUGCCCCUCACCCCUUUCUAACAGAAAGGACCCUUACAUACGGUAAUGCUUUUAUCCCUUUCUGAGGUAUUGUCUUUGUUUAGGCUCUGUCAUGUUUCCAAUUUUAAUCUUAUGUACAAAACAGUAUGGCUGACUGGAUGGAUGGACUUGUGUAACCGUAUGUAUGUUCAAAACCAAUCAACAUGAUACUGAGUCGAUUGCAGUGUUGCCUACUUGGUUCAAAACUUUUGUAUUGCUUUCAGAUUGUUGAUGUUCUGGAAUAUUGCAGGUGUCUAUUUGCUGACAGUUCACAACCCACCAGUGGUUUGCUGGUGUUUCUUCACAUAGAACUACUGAUAUGGUAAAACACAUCACAAGAUUAGUGCUCACUAGUAGGCACACUGCAAUCCACCCGGUUUGCCUUAGCUUAUGUAACCCGGGCAUAGACACUCCUGCUAGCCUGACCUUCAGCAAGUUUGCGGGGCCUGCAGCAGGCUCUGAUAGCUGCAGGUCAUCUGAGGACCAUUCUUUUUCUAUUCUACCCAAUGACUGUACUCUGUUUGACUUCCUGUAUGUGCAAAGACGUUUAUCCUUUUGGUAUAGAUUGUUCCAGAUGGCAGUUUAAGCAAUAAAAAGGUAAAAUUA